AUGGAAACAAAGGAAGAAGAGGAUGCCAGCUUGGUGGAAGAAAGAGAAGCAAAGGUGGUGCCUUUACUUUAUCCAGGGGUUCACAUCAAGAGAAAAGCAUGGUUUCUGAAGCCCAUUGCAAACACCAUGGAUGAUGGACUCCCUGAAACUCCAGUAACUCAUCCUCCGCACUAUAAAGCUCCCACCUUUACCUUUGAAGAACCCCACCAUGUCAAACUUGAAGGGUGGGUGAACCCACAGGCACUGUGGGUGAAGUGGGUGAGCAAGCUUCAACCACAUUAUGGUGAUUCAUGGAGGAAAGCCGGCAUCUUUGAUGCAAUCCAGGUCUCCACUUACAAAAUCAAGAAAAGCCUUUCUUUGGUUCUUGGAGUUGCUGCUUUCUGGUGCCAAGAAACCAAUACAUUUCUCUUCCCUUGGGGUGAGGCCACUCUCACACUGGAGGAUGUCAUGGUGCUUGGAUGUUUUUCAGUUCUCGGUGAGCCAGUGCAAGGGGAACCUCUUCCUGAGCGAGCAGAGCUUGAAUUUCAAAUGAUUCAAGAGCUGAGAAAUUUCAACCAAUUUGUUCUUCCUGUUCAUCCUGUAGAUACAGUGAGACGCAGUGUGAUACCUAUUGCCAUUAGAUUGGCUCAGGAAACAAGGAUAUCUUUUGCACCUGCGGUACUUGCAAGUCUUUACCAUGAUUUGGGAAUGGUUAAGAACUAUUUCCUUGCUAAUGGCCAGAGAAGGCAAUCUCCUUUGGUUUUGGUGGCUAAUUUCAAGAUACUGCAUCUGUGGGUGUGGGAGAGGUUUGUUCCACUAAGACCAGGGCCUCAGAAUUUUAAAUUAGAGAUUUCAUAUGUGAGAGCAGUGAUUGAGGAGGGUGGGCACUUCAAUGGCGCCCUUUAUCCUAUGGUUAGUGUGGAUGAAGGGAAAUGGUUUUACUGUUGUGUGGAUGAAGAUGAUGAACUGAGAUCGUUUGCUCGGUGUUUGAGAAUGUGUGAGCUUGUUGGGAUCGAUUGCAUUGAGAAGUACUUUCCGAAUAGAGUGGCAAUGCAAUUUGGAUUAGAUCAAGAUAUUCCCAUGCAUGCGCUGAAUGAGAAUGCAGCUACCUUGCUUGGUGUAGUUGAAUUUGAUGAGAAACCGGGAAAUUCUAAGAAGAGUUUUAAAAAAUUUCUGAGGGAGCUGCAUGCAGUUAAGAAGAAGAGGAAGAGGAUGGUUAAUGGGAAGAAACAGAGAGAUGGAGAUUCUUAUGAUAUUAAACUUUUCGAUUGGCUUUUCUCUGAACAAGCGUACUUCGAGCAAGAAGAUUAA